AGUGGGCUCCACCCUCAGCUCUUUAUUCUAUAGGCUCAUUCUAUAGCCUUGGCAACCCUAGCGUGCGCUUCAUGGACUGAAAGUAACUGCAGAAAAUGCACAGUGUACGCUCUGGCUGGGGGCAACGUAUCCAUACGGGGUGGGCUGUCUCUGCCUGCCGGCUGCAUUGAGCACCUGCUCCUUUUCCAGAGUAAGGGUCCGCUCUAGCUAUCAGGGUUCGCUCGCUGCCACCGGAUCAGUGAUGGGUUGUUUCUGUGCGGUCCCGGAGGAAUUUUACUGUGAAGUUUUGCUUCUGGACGAAUCCAAGUUGACACUCACUACCCAGCAACAAGGGGUCAAGAAGUCAACGAAAGGCUCUGUUGUCCUGGACUACGUAUUCCGUCACCUAAACCUUGUGGAGAUUGAUUACUUUGGACUUCGUUACUGUGACAGAAAUCAUCAGACGUAUUGGCUGGAUCCUGCAAAGACAAUCUCAGAACAUAAAGAGCUGAUCAGCACUGGCCCUCCCUACACCCUUUACUUUGGAGUCAAGUUUUAUGCAGAGGAUCCAUGUAAACUUAAAGAAGAAAUAACCAGGUAUCAAUUUUUUUUGCAAGUGAAACAAGAUGUUCUACAAGGCCGUCUGCCUUGUCCUUUCAACAUUGCUGCUCAGCUGGGAGCCUAUGCUAUACAGUCGGAGCUUGGUGAUUACGACCCAUUCAAGAACAUUACAGGUUACGUUUCAGAAUAUCGAUUUGUCCCUGACCAGAAAGAAGACCUUGAAGAUGCCAUAGAGAGGAUUCACAAAACCUUAAUGGGCCAGGUUCCUGCUGUUGCUGAGUCAAAUUAUUUAGGAGUUGCCAAAUCCCUUGAUAUGUAUGGAGUUGAUCUUCAUCCUGUUUAUGGAGAAAACAACUCUGAAUAUUUUUUAGGCUUAACCCCUGUUGGCUUGGUUGUAUACAAGAAUAAAAAACAAGUUGGAAAAUAUUUCUGGCCUAGAAUUACGAAGAUACAUUUCAAAGAGACACAAUUUGAGCUGCGAGUACUUGGAAAAGAUUGCACUGAAACCUCAUUCUUUUUUGAAACCCAGAACAAAGUAGCUUGUAAACAUCUCUGGAAAUGUUGUGUGGAACAUCACACAUUCUUCAGGAUUCCAGAAAAUGAAUCAAACGCAUUUUCAAGGAAACUUAGCAAGCUCGGCUCUCUGGGUUCCAGGCAUCGCUACAGCGGUAGGACUGCAUCCCAGAUGAGCAGAGACCUCUCUAUUCAGCUGCCACGCCCUGACCAAAAAGUUGAAAGAAGUCGUAGCAAAACUUAUCCCAAAAGAGCAGCACUUACACACCAGCCAGGUGAGGUGAUCAUAGGCUCAAACAAUGCAGACUUGGUAAAUCCAACUAUGGGAAAUGGAGAAAAUGAAGGAACCACCAAAAUUAUUGCACCAUCUCCAAUUAAGAGCUCCAAGAAAGCAAAACGAGAUAAUAGUCCUGAUACCCAAAGAAGUAAAGCAAGUGCACCUUGGGAAGAAAAUGGCUCUCCUAGUGGAUUAUAUAAUUCCCCCAGUGACCGAAAUAAAUCACCAAAGUUCCCUAGUCCUCGGAGGCGUAACCAUUCUGGGAGUGACAAUGACUCAGGACAGCCUGUGAGGAGGAAAGGACAAAACAGCGGUGAGGAUUCAGAGCUAAAGUACAGAAGGAGAUCACGGUCACGGUGUAACACCAGCAGCGGAAGUGAAUCUGAGAACUGCAAUAGGGAACACCGGAAGAAGAGAAACAGGUUACGGCAGGAAAAUGACAUGGUCGAUUCAGCGCCGCAGUGGGAAGCAGUUUUAAGACGACAAAAGGAGAAGAGCCAAGCUGACCCCAAUUUCAGAAGAUCCAGGCAUCGAUCGCGAUCGAGAAGCCCUGAUAUUCAAGCAAAGGAAGCAUUAUGGAAGCAUAUUCAGAAGGAACUGGUUGAUCCCUCAGGCUUAUCCCAAGAACAAUUAAAGGAAAUUCCUUACAUGAAAAUAGAGACUCAAGGUGACCCGAUCCGUAUCAGACACUCCCACUCACCCCGCAGCUUCCGCCAGUACCGCCGAUCCCAGGGUUCCGAUGGAGAGAGAUCAGUCCUAUCAGAAGUCAACGCUAAAAACGACCUUGUGCCUCCUUUGACCGUCACACGCGUUACAGAUGCUCACUGCUCUAGUGCUCCAACCUCACAACAGAAAAGAAAUGGAUCCAAGGAUAGCCUGAUUGAAGCCGUUGCACAAGUUUCUCCUCAUAGCAGAGAUGGAAAGCACAGUGUAAAGACAGUAAAAACUGCUCAGGCCUCACGCCUUAAAUCAGAAACUUGAACCCAUAAAAAAUGUUGUGACGCCUCUUACAAUGUGAAGCUUUGGAUUAGGGACCACAACCACUGAUAUUAUUGUUAAAAAAAAGUUUCCUUGUUGGAAGCUAUAUGGGAAAUUGCUUUUAACAAAAAGAAAAUGCUGCUGGUUCCAAUUGAAUCGAAAUAAGCUGAGAAAAAUAAUAGGACAGGGGCCAUUUUGUUCAAUGCACUGUAGAAUUAAGUCUCCAAUCAAUGUUUUUGGCAAUGCAACUACUCCUGCCUAUUUUCAGAAAGAGAUGGCUUUUACACUGGAAAAAAAGAGGAAAUACAAAAUUAAUGUGUCAUAUUUUGCUGCCAACGUUGCUUUGAAGAACUAUAACCAAAUCUGCUGCUCACCUGAUCUGUUGCUCCGUGGAACAUUUGUUUAAUCCAGUGGACGUCCUCAGUGUAUUUGAGUGGAAAUGUAAACUAUUUCGUCAGCUACAAAGAAGCCAAUAGCAGGCAUUGUUUUAUGUAUUAGACACUGACUGUUAAUAAAACAAAUGUCUGCCAUUCAACAUCUUAGAUAUUAGUUGCACAAAAAAGUCAGUGGACCAUUAACUUCAUAUAUUCCAAGUGAAAGGUUCUAUGUAUAACUGGAAUUUCCCUCUUUUUUUUUUUUAAGAAUGUUUUUUGAAUUUAUUUUAUCUUGCAGUAUUAAAAUAAAAGUAUUUAAUAAAAAGUACAACCAACA